AUACCAAUCGUUUCGUGUUUCGACUUUUCCAGGCCAACUAAAAAACCAUUUUUCCGUGGUGAAAAGUGCAAUUCGCGCAGGGAAAAUCUUCGAUGUGGUCCUUUUAAGCCAUCAAGAUUGCAUUUUCGAAAUUUUCCGCCUGCAGCUGGCCCUGGACGUGCUUUGUAUCCGUGGAGAACAGAGACGCAAAGAUAGACGCCGUGUGGGGUUGGGUUGCUUCCGGCCCGCUGCGCUUAGCAGCGAACAGAAUGGGCGACCUGCCGGGCUCGGGCUCUACCGCUCAACCACGGGAUGCUGCUGUCACCGGUACAGGUGGUAAUUCCACGGCUGGUGGCGGCUCCUCCGUUGGAUCAACGGCAGUGGACCGACCUCCGUCGCCCGCCCGCCUCUCCCACACGUCCGAGAAACAUCCGAAGGUCACGCUCACGGAACUAAAUAUGCUACGGCGCCAUCGGGAGCUCUGCGAUGUGGUGCUCAACGUGGGCGGACGGAAGAUCUUUGCCCACCGGGUCAUCCUGUCCGCCUGCAGCUCCUAUUUCUGUGCCAUGUUCACUGGCGAACUGGAGGAAUCGCGCCAGACUGAGGUCACCAUACGCGACAUCGAUGAGAACGCCAUGGAGCUGCUCAUCGACUUUUGUUACACCGCCCACAUCAUCGUCGAGGAGUCGAAUGUCCAGACCCUCCUUCCCGCCGCCUGCCUGCUUCAAUUGGUUGAGAUUCAGGACAUCUGCUGCGAGUUCCUCAAACGGCAGUUGGAUCCCACCAACUGCCUGGGCAUCCGCGCCUUUGCCGACACACACUCCUGCCGGGAACUUCUUCGGAUUGCGGACAAAUUUACGCAGCACAACUUUCAGGAGGUGAUGGAGAGCGAGGAGUUCCUGUUGCUCCCCGUCGGCCAGCUGGUGGAUAUCAUUUGCAGCGAUGAGCUGAACGUGCGCUCCGAGGAGCAGGUCUUCAACGCGGUCAUGUCCUGGCUCAAGUACAAUGUCGCUGAGCGGCGACAACAUCUGGCACAGGUGCUCCAACACGUCCGUCUGCCUCUACUCUCUCCAAAGUUCCUGGUUGGCACGGUGGGCUCCGAUCUCCUGGUGCGCAGCGACGAGGCCUGCCGGGAUUUGGUGGAUGAGGCCAAGAACUAUCUGUUGCUUCCGCAGGAGCGACCGCUGAUGCAGGGUCCUCGCACUAGACCGCGAAAACCUACUCGACGAGGAGAAGUCCUGUUUGCCGUGGGCGGAUGGUGUUCCGGCGAUGCCAUAGCCUCCGUUGAGCGUUUCGAUCCCCAGACCAACGACUGGAAAAUGGUCGCUCCUAUGAGCAAACGACGCUGCGGAGUUGGCGUGGCUGUGUUGAAUGAUCUACUCUACGCCGUGGGCGGUCACGAUGGCCAGAGCUACCUGAACAGCAUAGAGCGUUACGAUCCACAAACGAAUCAGUGGUCCUGCGACGUGGCACCCACCACUUCCUGCCGCACCAGCGUGGGUGUGGCUGUGCUCGAUGGCUUCUUGUACGCGGUGGGCGGCCAGGAUGGCGUUCAGUGUUUGAACCACGUGGAGCGGUACGAUCCGAAAGAGAACAAAUGGUCCAAAGUGGCUCCAAUGACAACUAGGCGGCUGGGAGUGGCGGUAGCCGUGCUUGGAGGAUUUCUCUACGCAAUUGGCGGCUCGGAUGGACAGUGCCCGUUGAACACCGUGGAGCGAUAUGAUCCCAGACACAACAAAUGGGUAGCCGUCAGCCCGAUGUCCACGCGACGCAAGCACUUGGGAUGUGCUGUGUUUAACAACUACAUUUACGCCGUCGGCGGGCGAGACGAUUGCAUGGAGCUCUCGUCCGCCGAGCGCUACAAUCCACUGACCAAUACUUGGAGCCCAAUCGUGGCCAUGACCUCCCGACGCAGUGGGGUUGGCCUGGCCGUCGUAAAUGGACAGCUGUAUGCUGUGGGCGGCUUUGAUGGUUCCGCCUAUUUAAAAACCAUUGAGGUCUACGACCCAGAGACGAACCAAUGGCGUUUGUGCGGCUGCAUGAACUACCGCCGACUGGGCGGCGGCGUGGGCGUGAUGCGAGCCCCUCAGACUGAGAACUAUAUGUGGUGCGAAAAUAGUUUUAAGCAACCAAAUUCCUAAAACUAACUCAACUCCUAUCCCUUCCAUUGCUGAUGAAAUGUUGUCUUGUCUCUCUUUUCCCCCGAAAACAUGCUAACAAAUUCAGGAUCCGGAAAGAUUCUGUUGUCUGAUGGGAACAGCAGCCGACGACGUUGCCCUCGCAAACGUUGCCGCCGCCGCACUUCUACUAACAAUAUCCGCAAUCGAAGCCAAAUCUAAUCGACUAAACAAAACACCUUUCCCCCCAUUGUCUAGCAGUAUAAUCGCUUUGUAUUAAUUGUUAAUUGUUUAUUUGGUAGAGCCUAAAGCGCAUGUCUGUUAGACUGUUUCAGAAUAGUAUUAGAGUUAGCAUUGCCCUUCUCCCCCGUUCACCUGCAACCACUCAUCCCCAUCACUUUGUGCGUAAUUAUAUAUAAUUUUACUGUAUGUUAAGCAAGUAUAUUUUAUAAAUAA